GUUUUAGCAGUCAGUAUAUACACACGACAGGACAGCCAGGAGUUAAACGCGUGUUGACCCUUUUCACAUAACUGAAUGUCUCAAGAAGAAAGAAAAGGGAAUGUGGAGAUGUUAGAAGAAUUGAGAAUUCGCAGUUUAAUGGCCUCUUACAUGAUGUUCGAACGGGCAACAAAAUACGGAAACUAUGCAUUUUGGACACUGAUUGGAGCUAGCAUUGUCAUGGGUGUGGCUGCUGCUAAUCUAUGUCAGUAUCUCCCCGUGGGUGAUAAUAAAAAUUGGGUUCUCUUCUCUAAGACGGUCAUAGGAUUAGUCUCUGGAUUUGCAACUACCUUUGAAACUGGCAGAAUCUUUCUUCUUGAAUACUUGGACAAGAAAGAGAAACUCUAUAACGAGACAGCAGCAGGUUGGCAAAAACUGGAGUUAGACAUUCGUUUAUUUCUGAACUAUAUCGACAAAGCCAAGGUCAAAGAUAUUAGAAAGUUUACAAAGGAAUGUAUACAGCAGCGGGAUGAUGUAUGCUCUAAGUCCAAACCAGAGGGAGAUACUUAUGACAACUAUCAUGAUGACCCCGAAAUACUGAUAGAGAAGUAUCUCAAAAAGCAAUCUGUCAUUGCCCACAUUGGACAAAGACUCAAGGAGGACGAAAACGUGAAGUGUAAGCAGAACAAGAACAAACCAAACCAAAAGAAGAAGUGGGCCGUUUGUAUUGUGCUUGUUGUCCUAUUAGUCUCUAUUGUCAUGUUCUGUUUAUGGUCAUGUAUUCGACUAUCGAUGAACGACGUACAUCACUACUGGCUAGAAGUUCAUUCCCCUCACACGAGUGGGCACAACGUUACGCAACACGUGUGCACCCGAUUGGUCACCGUGUGGAACGCGUGACACACUCAUUAGAGGGGGAACAAACUUUUGACCAGAGGAGGACCCAGUUUAAGCUGAACUUGGUGGUGGUAACAAGGAGAGACAUUUUUGAUAUCCUGACGAAAAAUGCUAAUACACAUGUUUUUGUUUGUACUUGCUGAUGUCUCAUAUUUAGAUGUAGGAAAAUAUGAGUACUGGUGUGGCUUCUACAUGUUUUGCGAUGGUGUCAAGAGAAUACACGAUACUAGCAAAUGUAAUUGCCAUUCAAAUGUGUUUUUUUUCUGAUUUGACAUUAAAUGUCUGUAGUCCGACUUUCAGUGAUUAUGUUUAGGAGGCUUGGCGGGCAUUGUUUUUAUUGGACCCUAAUUACUUUAUGAUGGUUGGGUCUCUUUGUCUCAGCUAUGACGCUGGAAAAGAGCAGCAUUUAAUUAAUGAGAGUAGGUUAUAUCAUGGAAGAUACAGCUUGAGCGAGAGGGUUAUACUAAUUACCGUACCACAGGAAGAGACCUGUUGACGUGAGCGCGGGGUUGUGUAUAAAAUGGCCGUUGCAUAAUGGCCGACAGGAGAGAAAAACAUUGAGCAAAAGCACUUUUGUUUUCACGGGCUUGUUGAAUAGUUUCCCAGCGCUACUGUUGAUAUAUCUUCCACUUGAUCCUUGAUAAAUCAUUUUGGCAUUAACAAUAUAUUAUUUUCAACGUACAUUAUUAGUUUACUAGUCAUUUGUUUUUGAGUAUUUAUCAAUUUGUCGACUGAAUAUGACUAUAAUUGUAAAUGUUAUACUAACAUUGUACCUAUCAACACGAACUGUAAAAAAUGGGCAUAACGUCACGGAGACGAAGGCUCUAGAUAUCAUACCUUAUU